AUGGAUGAGCUUCGGAAGUGCCAAUACCCAAUUUCCAAACGUUCCUUGAAGUCCUUUGCUUCUACUUCAGCACCUUCGAAAAAGCCUGGUCGCAAAACAAAAGUGCACAAUCAGAGUUUGAUUGAUUUGGUAAAGCAGCAACUUCAGCAGUAUGUCAAAGAGUCCGAGCGUGUCGUUGUCAUUGGGCGAGGAACGAGUCGAAAAAUGGCUUUGGCGCAGCACCUGACCAAGAAGAGGUACCGCAUUUACAUGGAGGAGCCUUCCCUGCACAGGGCUAUGUCAUGGACGGUUUUCCACCGCAUUCUGAAACUGCACUUCCCGUAUGUCAAGAACCCCAGGCGCCGCACAGAUGUUUGCUCACAUUGCAAACACUUGGAAACAGGUCUCCUACCCAAAGCCUUGCGAGCUAUGGACAAGAACAGGAAACAACUGACAGCCAUUUGGCCCGACUACUUCCGUGCAUUUGAUGCUUCCACAGUCGUUCAAGGCAAGAAAAAGGAUCCCGACAAGUUCCCUUUCUUGGCACGCUUCGUUUCCUAUGUCAACCGUCAAAACUUCGAUGCGAUGAACAACUCGGAACGGCAGCAGGCGCUGACAGGAUCAGAAAAGUUGUCUUUGCAUAUGGCGGAAGCCGCCACAGUUCACGAGAUGAAAGCUCAUGUUGAGUUAGUGGAAGCUUACAGGUGGCAUCAGAUUUCCGCUCGUAGGCAAGAUGCGGCUCUUACCUCCCGCGUUUCUGGAACGGGUUUGGGCAUGAACGAAGCGCUUCUUCAAGUAGACUUCAAGGAGAACGUCCGUUACCCGCUGAGUACUCACACAGAGCUGUACAUCUUGAUCAUUUCAGAGGUCUUGGACCACGACGCCCAAAUGGGUAAUAUGAUGAUCAACGAAGCCUUGUCGAGACUUUAUGGCUCGUUUGUGAUUGUGGCCCUCACUUUCGUUCCUUUGAGAAUGCAGCCCACUUUCUCUACACUUUGGAAGCUCGGACUUGAAUUUGGCGCCACAUUGUUCUUUAUGGUCAGUGUGAUAGAUCCCUGCAUUGAGUUCCUAGCCAAGGUCGGCCUUCUAAGCAUCAGAAUAAACGUGCUUUACCUGGUGGAACAGCACGGAAAGGGCGCCUGCGAUCGUCUAUUUGGAUGGACCCGCGCAUGGUUGACUCGCUUCAUUCAGAAAAGCCCUGUCUACAAAAUCGCGGACUUGUUGAAAUGCUAUGAAGACGGGAGCCGAGACAUGAUGCGAGAGGAUCCAAACGGCCCGGCUUUCUUGAGUUCCAUUUUUGACCCAG